AUGCCUUUAUCGUGUCGCAACUGCUUUUCGUUGAUAUACUUAAUACUUCUGAUACUGGAUUAUUGUUGUAAUGAAGCGUCUGGGCAGCUCUCUUACUCCGUCUCAGAGGAAGUAAACUCGGGAACAGUUGUUGGAAAUAUUGCCAAGGAUUUACAUUUAAACAUACCGGAUUUGGAGACCCGUAUGUUCAGGAUUGUUGGAGGAUCUAAAAGAAAAUAUUUCGAGGUAAAUACGAAGACUGGAGUCCUCUACGUGAAUGAGAGAAUAGACAGAGAGAAGCUCUGCGGGAAAGCUGUGAGAUGUGCCGUAACUGUCGAGGCUGUGAUAAACGAACCUUUAAUGCUGUACCGUAUAGAGAUUAAUAUUCUUGAUGUCAAUGACAAUUUUCCGCAUUUCAUUGCAAAAUCACAGAAUAUAGACAUUCCCGAAAGCACAUUACCCGGGAUAAAAUUCCCCCUACUGCAGGCCUACGAUGCAGAUGUUGGAAAGAACGGCAUCAACACAUACAGGCUGAGCUCGAAUGAACAUUUUUCAUUAGCAAUAAGCAAAUCGGGUGAGAGUAUUUCGACUGAGCUAAUGUUACAGAAAGUCUUAGACAGAGAAAAGGAACCUCUGAUUAAGCUCACGUUAACAGCCUUAGAUGAUGGAAGUCCACCGAAGUCUGGAACAUCCAAUAUUAUGAUUAAUGUUUUAGACAUUAAUGAUAACACACCAGUGUUUGCAAAGUCGCUGUAUAAAGUGCGUGUGUUUGAAAACGUACCGAUAGGCACUACAGUCCUGACUUUAAAUGCUACAGAUGCAGAUGAAGGAACAAACAAAGAAAUCAUAUAUACACUUAGCACAAAGGAGCAGGACCACGUGCUGCAGAUUUUUAAAAUCGAUCCGAACACGGGCACACUGACGGUGGAAGGAAAUGUGGAUUUUGAGCAACACCCCGUCUUUGAGAUUCGUGCACAGGCCAGUGAUAAAGGCCAACCUCCGAUGUCCGCUCAUUGUAAGGUGCUGGUUGAAGUCUUGGACCUAAACGACAAUGCGCCUGAGAUUUUUGUGACGUCACUACUGAAUACUGUGAAGGAAGAUGCAAAAGCAGGCACCGCUGUUGCACUUGUUUCAGUGGUAGACAAAGAUGGCGGUAAGAACGGUGAAGUGCAUUGUACUGUAGAUGAAGAUGCUCCCUUUAAAUUGGAAGCAAACUAUAAAAAUUAUUACUCAUUGAUAGUGGUUGCCCCCUUAGACCGAGAGACGGUCUCUAGCUACGACAUCACCAUAAUAGCAAGCGAUGGCGGUAGUCCCCCGCUCUCAAACACCAUUAUUGUCCCUGUUCAAGUUUCUGAUGUUAAUGAUAACGCGCCUCAGUUCUCGUCAUCGAUACUUAACAUUUAUGUUAAAGAAAACUGCCACGUGGGGACAAUUCUUAAAACGGUAACCGCCUUUGAUGCAGAUAUGAACAAAAAUGGUGACGUGACUUACAGUUUUAUGGAAAGCAAAAUUAACUCAGUCGCACUGUCUACAUUAUUAAACAUCAAUUCAGAGACUGGGGAUAUAAUCAACCUGCAGUCUUUUAACUAUGAGGAGUUAAAGACGUUCCAGUUUAAAGUUCAGGCCACAGACUCUGGUGUUCCUCCACUCAGCAGUAACGUGACUGUUAACGUUUUAAUCCUGGAUGAAAAUGACAACAGUCCCACGAUUCUCGCGCCAUAUUCUGAGCACGGCUCCGUUAACAGUGAGAGCAUCCCCUAUUCUGCUGAAGCGGGAUACUUUGUGGCAAAGAUCAGGGCUGUAGACGCAGACUCUGGAUACAAUGCGCUG